GAAAUGCGUGUAGUUAUCAAACAGGUGGUGCUGCUCACCUGUAGCUUGUACUUAUUUUCUAUAAACAAUUUUUAUUUAUAAUAAUAUUUAUGACUAUUUAAUACCGUCAUUACUAUUAUCACUAUGGUCUAUGGUUAUUUGAAUGAAAAUUUAUUUUAAGACGGCAAUAAUUUUUAAAAAUCGCGUGGAAAAUUUUUAUGCUGCUGCCGGUAGUUAAAAUAAAUAUGACAGCCGCAAGUGAUAAGAAACUGACGUAAGAAGAAUUAAAAUUUUAAAAUAUAAAUGAAGUAAUAAAAUUAUUUUUUGAAAUGUGAGGAUUGGUAAUUUAGUGAAGAGUUCCAUUGAUGGUCACUUGAUUUUUUUUUUAUUGUAACCAGGUUUAAAUAAUUAUUGUAAUGAAUAAAUUAGGACAAGAUUAAAAAAGGAAAAAAAUAAUAAAAUGUUAAGAGCUUGGAGAUCUUGAGGAAGAAGGUCACGGAUACUUGGAGAAGGUUAGAUCAUAAAAUUUCUACGUUCCAUCAGUAAUUGGAAAAGUUAUAAAAAGUUUUAAAAAUAACGAAAAAUAUGAAUUCAAAUAAAAUGGAAGACAAAUUCAAAUGCAGUUGUACACGACUCUGUUCGCGCAAAUAUAAGGAUUCCGGUAGGAUUCAAAGUGAAUGUUUAUAUGCAGAUUAUAUCUUUAAAGAUCUUGAGAAUGCUAUAAAAUUACAAGCCGAAUUGAAAAAAGGGAUCGAAGUGAUGUUGCCUGAUGGUAGAACAUUAAAAGAACUAGGAACAGACUUUUUCGAAUACCGUGCGUUUGCUAUCAUGUUAGCUUAUAAGUUGAUUCUAAACCUUGAAAAAUGUCCAAGUGCAAGAGAAAUCAUCAAGGAUACGGACCACGAAAAAAUCUACUUAGAAGCUAAAGAAAAAUAUUCAGAAGCUAUCGAUAAACUUAUGAAUAUUAGCGAUGAAGAUAUCCUGCGGUUACAAGAGGAUCAUCAUUACGAGAUUGAUUUGUAAUUACCUAUUAAUAAAUUAUU